AUGAAACCUUUGGUUAUUAGCAGGGCUACUGUGGCAUCUAGUAGAUGUGAUCCUGCUCAAUGGUCAUCCAAUCUGCAACUAGCAAUCAACAGUGGUUCUCAAAUUACACUAUUGGAUCCCCAAGUGCCUUUAAUACACCAGAGUGUGUACGCCAUUCCAGACCAAGAAACCCAAAAUAAAUCGCUUGAUCCCAAAGGAUUGUUCCAUAUAAGUACCCCCAUCCACCCCGAUAUACUACAAGAAUGGCCAAUUUAUAGGCCAAAUCUGUUUUUACUCGAUGAUGGAACUGAACCUUUCGCAAUUGGAGGAAUUGGUGAACCAAUAAUAACUGGUCACAUGUGGUCGCCUAUAAGGUCAGAAACGAGAGAUUGCAUGCUAGGAAUCCUUAUAAAUACUGGUGAGCUUUUUGUCUUGGAACGAGCUACCACAACUAAGGAAAGCUAUUGCAUUAAACAUUGUUUUUUUGAUGUGCUAUGUUGGCAAAAUGGUAUAGCUUCCAAUACUUCUGCCGACGAUACUAAGAUCCCAGUGCAGCUUUACCAGGCACUUCGUGUGCGCAGUUUUGCAUUUGGAACUUUCUUAUCAUUCAAUUCUUCAGACUCAAUUCUUGGUGCUAUACUAGAAGAUAAUACCCUCGCAGUGCAUACCCUCCAGGACCAAUUACCACGAAUAGCACUCUUUCAAUUUCCGUCCAAUGAAACAAUAAUCAAGCAUGUUUGGGCAGAUAUUACUGAAAUUUCAUCGACGCUGGCAGUGGCUGCUGUUCUAUCUUCCACCAACUCGAUCUACUUAUGCCAUAUUAACGAAAAUGGUACCAUCGCCGAAGCUCCACAACGCAUAAAGGAACCUAGCCGGUUCACGGUGUCGAAACUUGAAUGGCAUAAAAAUAUGCUUGUGGUAGUCACCACCAACGAAUUGCUAGUAUACCAUGUUGAUUUCAGUUCUGGCCAUGUUACCUCGACUUUCACUAACACACAUUAUCCAGUCAUAGCUGCCGGAGUUGUCGUUGGCGGUGAUCUUCAGACUACUCAUAUCACGAUUGCCUAUGAAACAGGCAAGGUUUUAUCAUUUUGUUUGAGUGGUGGAUCUCUACAAAACGAGGAUCCACCAUCACAGCUUUCCGACUUUGUUACGAAGAGUCUCUACAAAUUCCAGUUAGCCAAUUCUAGGCCAGCUGCCAUAGAAGACAACAAAAAUGAAGAUCUCGAAGCAACGAAACCAUUCUUGAACGACACUGUGGAAGGGAAUUUUUAUUUGUACGGUUUGUCAACCAACGCCAAUGGCAUUAUCAGCUUGGUUUAUCGAAUAGCUCCGAAGAAUGUUUUGAAUUAUACCAUCUUGUCAAAGUAUGAAUUCAACAUUGCAUUCUUCUCUCUCGAUACUUUGUACGAGGGAUCGAUAUUAGAUGCUCCACUUACUGGUACGUCUUUGAGUAAGAUUAACUCGUUGUGGAUGAAAAAGUAUGCUGAACUACCUACUUUUCCAAAACUAAUAGGUGAAAACAAGAAUUCAGAAGUAGACGAAUUUGUUCGUCAGCUUGUGGAAUUUAGGGGGAAGUAUUUUGUGGACAUCCUUACAGCUCAAUUGGGAGUUACGACUCCUGCCGACUCAUUCAAGGAUUAUUUGAGGUUGCAUGUCUCUGAAAACGGGGGCCUCCAAAGCUUGCAAGUCUUGUUCAUCUUCAAUAUCAUUUGCAGCAAGUCGAUAGAGUUGUUAGUCUCGAAGGUCCCAGAUCACAGCGAGCUCCUUGCUUUCGCCGAAAGAAUCACAACAGAACAAGCCAGCAUCAAGAAAGUUAUAGCAGACCAUGUUAUGAACUCGGUCCUCACAUAUAUCCAAGAGAAAAAUCUUAAACUAAGUUCUGAGCUCGAUAAGUAUUUGGCUAUCACAUUUUACCACUUAUCACUGAGUGCACAAUUUGGAUCCAACAAGCACAUACCUACAGAAGCCACAGUUACUAUAGCCACCGAAUUCGUCACAGAGUCUUUUAGUGUGAGUUCUGUGACUGCGACUGAGGCAGAUGAAGGAGAGCUAGCUUUGUCUACCACUGGACACAAGUGGUCUCGUUGCUGCUUGACUCGGCUUCCUUUACUUGAACUCGAGUCUAAGGCAGACGAACUUCGGUAUUUCAAUUACAUUAUACGCAAGGAUGAGUGGAAGAAUACCUUAAUCCUCGGCGACCUACUUGAAAGUAUCCAGCAUUGUAUUUUUACCGGGAACAAAAUAUAUAGAAGGGACUGA